CUAGGCCGAGAAGCUUCAACGUGCAUCAUUGCACGAAUGAUGUUUUAGUCCAGUUAAAGUAGUGAUGGACGUUCUGUGUCGAGGAUUGGGCACCAAUUGGUGACGGGCCAAAUUGGUCCCUCCUCCCGUCUCGCCAGUCUGCCGAUGUCCGCGGGUUUCUUCGGAUUCUUUCCUUUCCUGUCCGUCGAGAUGAAGCGAAAGGACUUGGAGGAUACGUCGUUCAAAUGCUCCAAAAUCCUGCUUCGGAAAGGUGCCACGAUGCAACCUCGAAGCGAACUUGAGCAUAAGUUACUUACUCCGGAGCAAUCUUGACGAAAGGAAAGAAGAUAUAUUACCCACAAUCCUUUACGGCAGAACAGGAAGAGAUUUCUCGUCGGUGGCCUGUUGCUUGAAACAUUUCUGCCCUAAGGGAUUGUGGGUAAGACAUCCCCUUUCCCUUCUCGCGCCGAUCGUCCAUUCAUCCAUUUCCAAAGUCAGGCGAGUGUACCACUACAGCAUCAGUGACGGUCGCGCCGAUCGAGCUUCAGCAAAUGCUCCUGAAGUGUACUGAACCUUCUGAAUCCUCGACUAUUUGAGCACUAUUUUAGUGGACUAAAACGUCAUUUGUUCCAUCUUCGUGCCCGGUCAAACGCGCCUCGUGCGCGUUGAAGCUUCUCGGCCUAGCUUAGCUUAGCUUAGCUUAGCUUAUCUUGCUAACAAAGAGACGUUUGUGAUCACCACUUCGCUAAGCAGAGAUCAAGUGUGAGAGCGGAAAGUGUUGUGAUCGUCGUGUGAAAAUGUGUGCAAGGACAGCAGCGUACGAGGAGGAACUUUGGGGCCCAAAAGAGGAGAAGGAGCCACGUCGUCAACUACUGGACGCUGCGUUCAAUCUGCAGCAUCGAACUGUGCUACGCAGAGCAGACAUCACUGAAGAUCUUCGUACUGAGCGGGAGGAGCCAGAGCCCCCUCACAUUAAAGAGGAAGUGGAGGACAAAGAGGUAAACCACAUCAAAGAGGAAGAGGAGAAAAAAUUGCACCCCCACAGACAGGAGGAGGAUCUCACCAGGUUUCCAUCGACUGGUGUUCCUUUGAAGAGUGAAGAUGAAGGUCAAAGUGAGGAGAGCAGAGGGACGGAGCCUCCAAGCAGCAGUUCAAAUCAACUCAUGACAACAGAAGGUGAUGAAGACCAUUGUGGAGUAUCACAAGCAGACGGCCGCUUAGCUCCACGAUCAGAUCGUGACAACAUGAUGUCGCACUCUACUCACACUGAUGAUGAUGAUGAUGAUGGACAGUCUGAAGUUGAUAUGACAUUUCAGAAUGACAACAAACGAUGGAAAUGUUCUUUGUGUAGGAAAACACUUCUUAAUAAGAGUAGUUUGAAACAACACUUGAGAACACACACUGGUGAGAAACCUUUUUCCUGCUCAGUUUGUGGUAAAAAAUUCUCUGUGAAGGGAAACUUAAAAAGACACACAAGAACACACACUGGUGAGAAACCUUUUUCCUGUUCAGAUUGUGGCCAAAGAUUUUCUAAGAAGGAAAACUUAAAAACACACACAAGAACCCACACUGGUGAGAAACCUUUUGCCUGCUCAGUUUGUGGUAAAAGAUUCACUCAGAAGGAACACUUAAAAAUGCACACAAGAACCCACACUGGUGAGAAACCUUUUUCCUGCUCAGUUUGUGGUCAAAGAUUCACUCAGAAGGAACACUUAAAAAUACACACAAGAACCCACACUGGUGAGAGCGCUUUUUCCUGCUCAGUUUGUGGUCAAAGAUUCUCUGUGAAGGGAAGCUUAAAAAUACACACAAGAACCCACACUGGUGAGAAACCUUUUUCCUGCACAGUUUGUGGUCAAAGAUUCACUCAGAAGGGAGAUUUAAAAAUACACACAAGAACACACACUGGUGAGAAACCUUUUUUCUGCUCGGUUUGUGGUCAAAGAUUCACUCAGAAGGGAGAUUUAAAAAUACACACAAGAACCCACACUGGUGAGAAACCUUUUUCCUGCUCAGUUUGUGGUAAAAAAUUCAACCAGAAGGGAAACUUAAAAAUACACACAAGAACACACACUGGUGAGAAACCAUUCUCCUGCACCAUUUGUGGUCAAAGAUUUUCUCUGAAGGGACACGUAAACAUACACACAAGAACCCACACUGGUGAGAAACCUUUUUCCUGCUCAGUUUGUGGUCAAAAAUUCACGCAUAAGGGAAACUUAAAAUUACACACAAGAACCCACACUGGUGAGAAACCUUUUUCCUGCUCAGUUUGUGGUCAAAAAUUCACGCAUAAGGGAAACUUAAAAUUACACACAAGAACCCACACUGGUGAGAAACAUUUUGCCUGCUCAGUUUGUGGUCAAAGAUUUUCUGUGAAGGGAGAUUUAAAAAUACACACAAGAAUGCACACUGGUGAGAAACCUUUUUCCUGCUCAGUUUGUGGUCAAAAAUUCACACAGAAAGGAAACUUAAAAAUACACACAAGAACACACACUGGUGAGAAACCUUUUUCCUGCUCAGUUUGUGGUCAAAAAUUCACGCAGAAGGGAAACUUAAAAAUACACACAAGAACGCACACUGGUGAGAAACCUUUUUCCUGCUCAGUUUGUGGUCAAAGAUUUUCUGUGAAGGGAGAUUUAAAAAUACACACAAGAAUGCACACUGGUGAGAAACCUUUUUCCUGCUCAGCUUGUGGCAAAAGAUUCUCUUAUACGUAUCAGGCUAAGACACACAAGUGUGCUGGUAAGAAUAGCAGUGAUGAAGAAUCUUUUAAUUAAAAUAUAAAUGCUGACUCUAAAAAGUAAUUAAUAUGUUACUUACUUACCAAACUCCGCAUUCUUGUAUUCUGUGUACCAGCUUUUAUUGUCCAUAUAUUUUCUAAAAGCCCCGCGAGUGUUAAGGAUUAACAUUUGAUGCCCAAAUCCUUUAAAGGGACUAGUUAAAGGUGAGAACACGGGCACUUAUUCCAUAGUGCUGGACUCAAAAAUGUCUACAGAAAAAAAGCCCUCCAAUAUAUACAUAGUCGUCAUUUUGGAAUCAUUUACUGAUGAAAUAUUUGAUUUUCAGCCAGAUUUUGGCCUGCCCACAUUUUGGACACGUUAGCCUGUCACAGCCUGACACAUAACGAGCAGGAGCCGAUGACAUUUCCUCAUUGAGCUACUAUGUUUCCCAUGGUGUAAUUGUUGCCCGUAUUGAAGGUCUGGAUGUAUAUUUUCGACAAUGAGUGAAAAUAUUGAAAAUUUAAUAUAUUGGAAGGCUUGUUCUUUCAAAAAAUCGACUAUUGAAAUGCCUCCUUGAGUAAAGAAAACAACCACGUCAAGCCACAUGAAAUAAUUUUUGCAGAAAUAUUUCCUCGUACUUCAUCUCAAAUUUGAAUUGAUUGCACCACAAAUGUAUAGUAUAUGUGUGUAUGUAUGUAUAAAUCAAAUGUAUGUAUCGAUCAUAAAGGUGUUUAAUGUAGCCGUUAUUGUGUGAUAGAUGUGGACUUUGGCUGGCUGACCCAUGAUGAAGGUCUACCGGCCGAACGUGUUAUGUCGCUUCGUGUCCCAAAACUGUGGCUGAUCUGAUUGGAUGUUAUCUGAUCCAUAAAAUCUAAACUAUUGGGUUGAAAUAUUUUCAGAGGUUGAAGCUGCCAUGAGUAGUAGCCUAAAUCUUGGUGAUGAUUGUGGAAAGUUUUGGAACAUUAAGCCACGUUUCUUGGAUUCAUGCAUGAGGCUUGCAAGGAUGUGACACUCGCCCGCUGUGCUUGUAUUACUUUCAUGAUGGCAUCCUAAUAAAUUUGCAAUUUUUCAGCACAUUAAAUUAGUGCUAGCUGUUGUUCAUGUGAGAGUACAGUGGGUAUGGAAAGUAUUCAGACCCCCUUAAAAUUUCCACUCUGUUAUAUUGCUGUCAUUUAAGCACCCCGUAUUGACAGAAAAAAAACGGAAUUGUUGAAUUUUUUGCAGAUUUAUUAAAAAGUAAAAACUGAAAUAUCACACAGCCAUAAGUAAUAUGGGGUGCUGUGCGUACAUUAAUGAGGGGGGAAAAAUAACUUAAAUGGCUGCAAUAUAACAAAGAGUGAAAAUGUUCAGGGGGUCUGAAUACUUUCGUACCAACUGUAUAUGACAGCAAUGUAAUCUAUAAUACCAGCUUGAACAAAGCGGUGUUUGGAAACUCAAGCUGUAUUUUUUUUUUUUACUUUUUUAUUUCCUGAAAAGUUGUCAUUUUGAAGGUAAGGGGAUUCCACCUGACAGCUCCGAUAUAUAAAACAUGACUAAUUACUGCCACUUCAUAGUGUAAUACAUUCCUUUUCCCAUACCAGCAAUGCUAGAGUUUUUCUCUUUUCGAUUUUGGCAGUGAAUACGGGGCAUUUGAAAGGGAAUGGGAGUUAUUUACCAAUUGCUCCAAAACGUUUUGAUAUUAUUGGAAAUGACUCCCAGUCUAAUUUUGUUGAGCAAAAAAAUACAUAAAAUGAACUUGUUUGUGAAAUAUGGACCAUUAAGACCCAUACUUCCUUGAAGAAAUGCAUGCUUUUUGUCCAAUGUUUUAAUGAUGCCAAUAUCAAAUAAGUGAAUGAUUGAUUGAAAUAAGACUGAAAAGAAACAUUGACUAUUUGUGAUCCUUAAUAAAA